AUGACCGCGGGAUACAAAUUUCUUACUUUACUGGCCAAAGGCCAAAUCGAAAAGUCGCCAGAGCAUUCCGAAAUCCUUCGACAUCUACAAAAACGUAAUGAAACAGCGGAUUUCUCUCGCUUGAUCCAACCACACAAGAAAGGCCCUUCAAAACAAUGGCGCAACCCUCCUCUUCUCACCAAAGUUUCUGCUCCCGGCGAGUUCCCAAAAUACGAGCCGACAGUCCGACCUCUUCCCAAAACUGCAUUCGUAGGCGAGCGAAAGGUGCCUGUAUUUGGACACACUGCCGAACUUAUGUCGUUCUUACGAAUCAAGAAGCCACAGCCGGAAAACCUCUCCCGAUCGCUGGGGGCAAAGACAGCGAGAUUCAGGGAAACUAUUCAUACAACCAAAAGGGUAGAUACGGAGCUUUUCUCAGCCGCUGCUUCGGAGGAUCUGUGGGAUGGCAUCAUGCACCGACUUCUUCAUGCAAAUGGCGAUACAGUUGGAGAAAGGCGGGAUGGCCCUUUAGAAUCAUUUUAUUUUAGUACUACCUUGACCAAAGCUUGGUGGGAAAUGAAACUUCUCAGGAUCAAUGAAGACUGGAUGGCACGCUCUGAGGCACAGAGUAAACUCGUGGAGCAAGAGAGGACAUUGACCCAGGAGGAAAAGCAGAGCGGCGUGGGACCAACUGACCCCAAAGUUGCGAAAGAAAAUCUCCACCAGAUCCUUGCAGAGUACCGCCGAAAGCAGACUGAAUUGGAGCGAGAAACAGAAGAGAAUGGUACCAAUCCAUUUCAAGAUCCUUUCUGGUCACCAAGGUGGCUGAAAAAGGUGGAGAAGUUAGAGAUCGAAGAGCUUGAGCAAAACGGGAAAAGACAAGGGAGACAAAACAAGAAGAUUAGAGAAUUCUUUGGCGAGGACGAGCACGCCGAAUCGCGGAGGAGAAACUUCCAUGAGAAGUGGUAA